AUGCCCACUUACAGCAUUGUCGUAUUCGCAGGUGACCACUGUGGUCCGGAAGUCACCGCGGAAGCAUUGAAGGUGCUUGAUGUGGUUGAGAAAAGCAGUGCCGAUGUCCACUUCAACAUUCAGGAGCACCCGCUUGGCGGCGCUUCAAUCGAUGCGCAUGGCGAGCCGUUGACUGAUGCUGCUCUCGCCGCCGCAAAGGCCGCCGACGCUGUAAUCCUGGGAGCCAUUGGAGGUCCUAAAUGGGGCACAGGCAAGAUUCGUCCCGAGCAGGGUAUCCUCAAGCUUCGCAAAGAAAUGGGAACAUAUGGCAAUCUGCGACCAUGCUUCUUUGCUUCAGAGAGCCUUGUCAAGUCGUCGCCCCUCAAGGAAGAAGUCUGCAAAGGAGUCAACUUCAACAUUGUUCGUGAGCUCACUGGUGGCAUUUACUUCGGCGACCGCAAAGAAGAUGAUGGGUCUGGAUUUGCUCUCGACACAGAACCAUACUCGCGAGCUGAGAUCGAGCGUGUCACGAGAUUAGCUGCCCAUCUUGCACUUGCUGAAGAUCCGCCUGCCCCAGUAUGGUCUCUUGACAAGGCCAAUGUCAUGGCGACGAGUCGACUUUGGAGAAAGACAGUCACUGAAGUCAUGGAGAAAGAAUUCCCACAGCUCAAGCUUGGUCAUCAUUUGAUCGAUUCUGCUGCUAUGCUCAUGAUCAAGAACCCGCGUGCACUCAAUGGAAUCAUCGUCACAAGCAAUCUCUUUGGCGACAUCAUCAGCGACGAAGCAUCAGUCAUACCAGGGUCCCUAGGCCUUUUGCCAAGCGCAAGCUUGACCUCGUCACCAGACGGCAAGAGCAAGUGCAAUGGUAUCUAUGAGCCCAUUCAUGGUUCGGCACCGGACAUCAGCGGCAAGGGCAUCGUAAAUCCAGUCGCCAUGCUUCUUUCGCUCGGUAUGAUGUUCAAGUACUCUUUACAACAACCCGAACUCUCGAAAAAGAUCGAUGAAGCUGUGCGCAAUGUGAUUGAGAGCGGUGUCAAGACUGCGGAUAUCGGUGGCACAGCGAAGACCAGUGAGGUUGGAGACGCUGUCGCGAAAGAGCUUGCUGCCCUGCUCAAAUAAAGGCGCCGCAGCAUCCUUAAGCUGAAAUUUGACUCAACAAGGUGUCAGGAUAUGUGAGUCCUCCUCGAGUGACGGGAGAGAUGACUAUAGUCAAAUACUGCUAGCCGUUCACCUUCCUCAGAAA